GCCACAAGUCCCCAGAUUUCAGCAAUCAGCCAGCCUAGCCUAGUCUUCCAUGGGGAAAGAUGUGUCAAUUCUUGGUCAUGUUUUAACCGUUACAAUAUGUUAUUGUUGUUUCUCGCCCUUUGAUUUUGCACAAUGCCGGAAGGAAUUAAUUAGUGCCAAUGUUAUACAAUUGGUUCGUGGAGUUCCUCCUAACACCAUUGAUCCCUCACAAGUUAUCGAGCUCUCUUGGCGACCAAGGGUGUUCUUGUACAAUGGCUUCCUAUCCGAUGAAGAGUGUGAGCACCUGAUAUCUUUGGGAAGUGGGAGUAAAGACAGUUCUAGCAGCGACAAUUCAACUGAUGCUGUGGAAGGAACUGCAAACUUAGAUAUCUCAAUAGCAAUUGAAGAUGAAAUAACUGCAAGGAUCGAGGAACGGAUUUCAGCAUGGACUUUUCUUCCGAAAGAAUUUGGAAAGCCGCUGCAUGUUCUUCAUUGUGGACUUGAAGAGACUAAAGAGAACCAUAAUUACAUUGGUAACUUGUCCAUGCAGCAUGGCCAAAGUAUACUGGCGACAGUUGUACUUUAUCUUUCAAAUGUCACACAAGGUGGUCAGAUCCUCUUUCCUGGAGCAGAGGCAGGAAGCUCGAGACCAAAAAACAUUAACAAAAUAUUGUCCAAUUGUACUAGGAGUAGUCAAAUAACAAAACCUAUUCAAGGUAAUGCAAUGCUAUUCUUUAAUCUCCAUCCAAAUACUAGUUUAGACCCAAGUAGCUUACAUGCUAGGUGCCCAAUUACCGAGGGAGAUAUGUGGUGGGCCACAAAGAUUUUCGUGGUAACAUCAGUGACUCGAACGAAUUCCAUAGAAUCGGAAAAGAGGGAUGAUGAUUCAUGUACGGACGAGGAUGACAAGUGCUCCCAUUGGGCUGCUGUUGGUGAGUGUGAGAGGAACCCGAUAUACAUGGUAGGCACUGCUGAUUAUUAUGGAACGUGUAGGAAGAGUUGUAACAUGUGCUGAUUACACAGGGACAUUGGGUAUGCUAGUGCAUUCCUCAAAAACAUUUUUGUAACUUGGUGUAAAAAAACAAAAUUAUAGAUGAUAUUUGUAAUCGUUAUGCAUGUCAAAAUAUGUUUCAGUAACAAUUCUUGAUACCCCAGUUAAAAACCAUCGAUAUGUUACUAUGUA